AUGGACAGACAGGUGAUAUAUGCUGAUUUAAAUGUAUCCAGGAAUGCUGGCCUUGAAAGCUCAUCACCUCCAUCUCUUCCUCAGAAUGUUUGUCAGGGUCCACCUUGGCAUAAAUUUGCUCUGAAACUUGGUUGUGCUGGGAUUAUUCUUCUUGCCUUGACUGUGAUUGGGUUGAGUGUUUCAGCGAUAUUCUUGAGACAAAACUCAUCAACAGAAAAAAGCAGCAUGGAUGCUCAAGAGAACAGGAAGGAAACAACAGAGAGACCAGUUCUGUUAAAGUGCCCAACAAAUUGGCAACUAAUCCGAGAUAAAUGCUUGUUUUUUUCUGACACUUACAAACCUUGGAAUGACAGUCUAGCCCACUGUUUCACAAAAGAAUCCCAUCUGCUGCUUAUUCAAGAUCAGGAAGAAUUGAGACUCAUACAAAACCAGAUAGACAAAGGAGGAAUUCCAUUUUGGAUUGGAUUAAAUUUUACAUUAUCAGAAAAGAACUGGAAGUGGAUAAAUGGAUCCUUUUUAAAUACUAAUAUAUUACAAAUUACUGGUGAUGCUGAAGAAAACAGUUGUGUUUACCUCUCAAUGACACAAAUUUUUUCCGAGAACUGUGCUACAGAAAAUAAAUGGAUCUGUCAAAAAGAACUAAAACCUGUCAAAAAUAAAGUAUGUUCUGCCACUUGA